UUUAUGAAGCAUACAAGACCUAUAUUUGACGAAGAACCAGCAAUAAAAAUUACUCGUUGUGGAAAUUCUUCUAUUUGUUCUCAAAGAAACGGAAAAAUAAUGCCGGCUUCUGAAAAUAAUCAGAAUAAUUCAAAUCAAACAGGGGGAAAUGCAAAUGGUCCAAACUCUGCUGACAAUUCUGUGGACACAAAUCUUUAUUCGCGUCAAAUGUAA